UCCCUGUCGUCUUCGCAUAUAGCACUUUUGAAAAUGAAUAUUCUAGCGCUAUCCAUGCUACGUAAUCGAAUCGCUGUCCACUGUGUUCAUUCAAUCAGUUCUUUCUGAAAUACCACUGCUAGAAAAAAAAGUCAUCCAGCCCGCACGGUGGCGCUAACGAUUUGUUUGGCUUUAGCCAUACAACCCCACGAGAAGGAAUGCUAAGCUCUAGUGAGAAGUCCACAUGAGGUGAUGCUGCAUGUGUUACGCUGUCCUCUGAAGAGGACUCGUAUCUCUUUACAAUGGAUGAGUCUACGUGGCUUCUGCUCCACCAAGCCUCACGUACUUCAGGGCGAGGACUCCACACAAACUCGCCUGAACCCCCUUAACAUCCAGAUGCUGUCAAAAGGUCUCCACGAGCAGAUCUUUCAAGGGCUGGAGCCAGAAUACAGAGAGGAGGCUGUACAGCGCAGCAUAAGGCACUUACAGAAACACCAGCUGUGGGGAAAGGACACCUCACUUUUGCCCGAUGUUGACCUGAAACUCCCCAAAAUGUAUGGCAAAAACAUUGACGAGCACUUUCGUCACUUGGCCCAGACACAGAGCCUUCCCUACCUUGAGGCUGCCACCAAGCUGAAACUGGCCGAGCUACCACCCAUGCCUCAGGAAUGGAGCUGGGAGGUUGGCUGGACACGCUAUGGGCCCACUGGGGACAGGCAGAAAGUAGAUUUUCCAGAUGAGUCAGCUCUCGUGUUUGACGUGGAGGUGUGCACAACGGAGGGACAGUGUCCCACACUGGCUGUUGCUGUUUCUCCAACCAACUGGUACUCGUGGUGCAGUAAGCGUCUGAUUGAAGAGCGAUACUCCUGGUCAAACCAGCUGACCCUUGCUGAUCUCAUUCCGCUAGAGACACCUUUCAACUCUGCUCGCCCUCCAGGGGGUAAAUGGAAGGAGCGACUGAUUGUGGGCCACAAUGUCAGCUUUGACCGGGCUCACAUUAAGGAGCAGUACCUACUAAAGGGUUCAAAGGUGCGCUUCAUGGACACCAUGAGCCUUCACAUGGCCAUUUCAGGGCUAACCGGCUUCCAGCGCACACUGUGGAUGGCCAGUAAGCUGGGUAAAAAGAGGGGUCUUCAGGAGGUCAAGGAACACAUUAAGAAAGCUGGGAAGAAACACGAGGGCCCAAUGAUUGGCUCCUGGGACUGGGUGAAUAUUAGCAGCAUUAACAAUCUGGCUGAUGUCCAUGCACUGUAUGUGGGAGGGCCGCCACUGCAGAAAGAAGCCAGAGAGACCUUUGUGAAGGGGAGCAUGACGGAUGUCAGAAACAAUUUCCAGGAGUUAAUGCAAUACUGCGCCCUUGACGUUAAGGCCACACAUGAGGUCUUCACAGAACAGCUGCCCCUCUUCAUGGAGAGGUGCCCUCAUCCAGUGACACUUGCAGGGAUGCUGGAGAUGGGUGUGAGCUACCUUCCCAUCAAUCAAAACUGGGGGCGAUACCUGGAAGAUUCUCAAGAUGUUUAUGAAGAGCUCCAGAGAGAGAUGAAGAAGUCUCUGAUGAUUCUAGCAGAUGAUGCAUGUCAGCUUCUGGAGAAUGACAGAUACAAAGAAGACCCCUGGCUUUGGGAUCUUGAGUGGGACGUGCAGGAGUUCAAGCAGAAGAAAGUUGCAGCCAGCAAGAAGAAAGGCUCCAAAAAAGCAGAUAACAAACAAAUUGCCACUCCUCUUCCAGACUGGGAGGAAGACCCAGGUCCACCAUCUGAAGAAGAGAUGGAAGGCCCUUGCCCCAGCCGGCUAGCUGUUGAGAAUCUGAAAGAAACAGUGAAUCGACUUCCUAAGAGAAGGCAGCAUCUACCUGCACAUCCAGGGUGGUAUCGUAAGCUGUGCGAGAAGAUGUCUGACAACAGCUGGUCACCUGGAGCCAGUCUGAUCAGCUUGCAAAUGCGACUGACACCUAAACUGAUGGGCUUGACUUGGGAUGGUUUCCCCUUGCAUUACACAGAGAAACACGGGUGGGGGUAUCUGGUACCUGGACGCAGGGAUAACCUUGAUUCCCAGGAGGAAAACACCGGUCUCGUGUGCCCCCACAGAGCUAUUGAAAGUGUGUACAAAGAGUACUGUGAGCAGCAUAGCAAGGAGCGACCGGACUAUCUGGACUCAAUCCCUUCAGAUGACCUCAUGUUGACAGACAGCACGGUGUGGACAAAGGUGGAGGAAUUAAGUUCUCUGGAAAGCCUGAUGGAGGAAAACGGCCUCAGAAUGAGAAAAAGUGCAGAGAAGAACAAAAACAGGUCUACAGAUCCACAUUAUAUGAAAGAGGCGAGUCACUGCCAUUAUCACCAUGGAAACGGCCCCUACAAUGAUGUCGAUAUACCAGGUUGCUGGUUUUUCAAAUUACCUCAUAAGGAUGGCAAUCACAACAAUGUCGGCAGUCCGUUCUCCAAGGACUUCCUGGCCAAGAUGGAGGAUGGCACUCUGAGAGCAGGAAGAGGUGGCACCAAUGCAACACGAGCUCUGGAAAUCAACAAAAUGAUGUCUUUCUGGAGGAAUGCCCAUAAACGUAUAAGUUCCCAGAUGGUACUGUGGCUCAGAAAAGGAGAGCUUCCCCGUUCUGUCAGCAGACACAAAGAUUUUGAUGAGGAGGGCCAGUAUGGUGCCAUAUUACCUCAGGUCAUUACUGCUGGAACAGUAACACGUAGAGCUGUGGAGCCGACGUGGUUGACUGCCAGUAAUGCUCGGCGGGAUCGGGUAGGCAGUGAGCUAAAGGCCAUGGUGCAGGUACCACCUGGAUAUCACCUGAUAGGAGCAGAUGUAGAUUCGCAAGAGUUGUGGAUUGCCGCAGUGCUUGGAGAGGCUCACUUUGCAGGCAUGCACGGUUGUACAGCAUUUGGCUGGAUGACCCUCCAGGGAAAGAAGAGUCAAGGCACUGACCUGCACAGCCGUACCGCUGAUGCUGUGGGCAUCAGCCGAGAGCACGCAAAGGUGUUCAAUUAUGGACGCAUAUAUGGUGCUGGGCAGCCCUUUGCUGAGAGGUUGCUCAUGCAGUUCAACCAUCGCCUGAGUCAGACAGAAGCUGCCAGUAAGGCCAGACAGAUGUACGCCCUAACAAAAGGUAUACGCAGAUAUCAUUUGUCAGAGGACGGCGAGUGGCUGGUGAAUGAACUGGGUAUAGAUGUGGAGCGGGAGGAAGAUGGAAGCGUCUCCCUCCAAGAAUUGCGGAGGAUCACUAGAGUGGCUUCACAAUCUUCUCGACGGAAAAGAUGGGAUAUUGUUGGGAAGCGUCUGUGGGCUGGAGGUACUGAAUCGGACAUGUUCAAUAAGCUGGAGAGUAUAGCCCAUUCAAAGAACCCGGCCACUCCUGUUCUAGGCUGCAGGAUCAGCAGAGCAUUGGAGCCCAAGGCAGUUAAAGAUGAGUUUAUCACCAGCAGAGUGAACUGGGUGGUUCAGAGCUCUGCCGUGGACUACCUCCAUCUGAUGCUGGUGGUCAUGAAGUGGCUCAUUGAGGAGUAUAACAUUGAUGGCCGCUUCUGCAUCAGCAUCCAUGAUGAGGUGCGGUAUCUGGUGCGCAGUGAAGACCGUUACCGAGCAGCUCUGGCGCUUCAAAUCACAAACCUCCUUACAAGGAGUAUGUUUGCUCAUGCUUUAGGCAUGCAGGACCUUCCCCAGUCUGUAGCCUUCUUCAGUGCAGUUGACAUUGACCAGUGUUUGAGGAAGGAGGUCAACAUGGACUGUGUGACUCCCUCCAAUCCCACAGGUGUGGAACGAAAGUAUGGCCUACCGCCUGGUGAGGCCUUGGACAUCUACCAAAUCAUCGACAUCACUAAAGGCUCUCUAAACAAAGCGAGAUAGCUCUUUGUGGACCAGACAGCUUUUAUUCCAAACAGACAAUUGCCAGGACACCGUUCACCCGCUGCUGCAGUCUGGACGUGUGUGCAGUGUGUGUAGCAGUGGUGCCCAGUAUGACCUCACUGUUUCCUCUUCUUCUGUUUGGGUUCUUGUGUCUCGGUGGUGUCCUGUGACUCUGUGGUCUGAGAGCAAUGGAAUGCACAAUGCACAUUUCAACAGUGGGCACAGUGUGGAUAUGGAGCCAAUUUUAUGGACUCGUAUAAUAAAGUAAAAGUGGAGAAAAGCGGCUGUUGUGUAUGAUGAACAGCAUUGAAGCUCCUGUGGAGCUGAGCUAGCGCUUACCUCCUGACUGUCA